AUGGAACAUGUACUACCACAUGUUCGUUACGAGCGAUGUGUUGUCAGCCAGAUCGAGCAUCUUGAGAUGCUUCUGAAGGCAUCAGGAUCAAUAAACGACUGGACAGCCUCUCCAUUUGGCGGCGUGCUGAGGUUCCUCGGAGCUAGCUCCUUCUUCGAGAUGCGGACCUACUGGGGCCUCUACCUCGAUGCCGCGCGUCGGCGAGAUCAGAUUGCACAGAUCAGAGAAGAGAUUGCCGCAAUUCACGAGCCUCACAGCGCCGAAGCAACUUAUCACCUGUCUGGAAUGCGUAGCGGAGGCCUUCAUGGAAUUACUCAUUAUGCAGUGCUUGGCUCGACGUUUCGCGCAUAUUGGAAGACUGGCGUUGUCGCUGGAAAUCAGCAGGACGUUUCAGUACUACAGCGUGAGAAAAGAGGCCAUACGAACCCGCUACUCCUUGUCUCAUCGGCCCCGCGUAAUGACUUUGCUAUGCACUACGGCACUGAUCCUAUCUUUGGAUACAAUGUGGCUGCAGCACUCGACGACUCUUCAGAUGUUUCGAACGCAUCCGAGCGACUGGCAAAGAUCGUCAAGGCACAGUUCCAUGAUUGGUGUGUCGCGUUCGUACAACACGCAAGAGCUCAAACCGUCCAAAUCUCUUUCCACUGCGGAGAUGCUUUGGCUUUAUGCCACACACUUCAACGCCGCGCUGCCAUUCCUCCAAAAGUCCCAGAGCACUUGUACAGCUACACACGUCCCUGGUCAGCAGUUCCGAUAAGUCUCGACAGUCGGUUGGACUCAUAUUCACUCAAGGACUUUCAUGUCAUCGACACUUCAAAUAUCAGUGACCACAUUGGUAUCCUCAACUUGCUGCCAGCUACCGUGCCUUUGCUGAGCUCCGCCAACAAUGCCGUCCUCUACACCGAAACUUUGUUGCCUGAAAGCCUUGAUCCAGAUAAGUAUUGUGACGAACUGCUCCGCGCGGAUACAAAAGCGAUCUGCAUUUUCAUGAAUUUGUCUCCAGUCGGCUACUUGCUCGGAAUGUCCACUGAACAUUUUUGA